CACAAAGCAAAGGUUACAGUAAGACCCACUCUACUAGCAUGAGCGAGAAGCGACUCAACGGUAGCACCCACCCGGACACCAGCAAACAAAAGGACACUCUGCCGUCGAAGAAGCCCCGCAUAGGAUGGAAACUUCGCCGACUCACGAGCGAUGAGGCACGGCACACCAACGACGAUGUUCAUUCGCGCAUACCCUUGUGUCCUGUGAUGACCACGCUCAUCGAUACACGCCCCUUUCAACGUCUGCGUCACGUUAAACAACUGAGUACAGCGGAAUACGUGUACGUCAACGCCAACCACAACCGCUUCGAACAUUCCCUCGGCGUGGCGCAUCUCGCUCAACUUUUGUGUCGACGCGUGCAAGCCCGUCAACCAAAUCUGGAAUGCACCGAUAAAGAUGUCUUGUGCGUCAAGCUUGCUGGACUCUUGCACGAUGUCGGACACGGUAUGUACUCACACACUUACGAAAAGUUUGUCACGGAAGAAUUCCCCAAAUAUCUGGCGCGAAAUGGGCACUUGAAUAAGCACUACGCAUCGCUUCCGCCCAUACCGAAAGGGUGGCGUCACGAAGUUAUGUCGCUCCUUAUGAUCGACGCUAUUCUAAAGGAAGUGGGAUUGGCGAUCGAUCUACACAACCUGGACCAGCCUUUGCGACAAAUUGGUGACGGCGUGGAUGCGAAAACGUUGAGAGUCUUUGAGCCUUGUACAACGACAACAAGCGAUGCUGCUAAAGACACCAAACAGCUGGUCUUGACGUCUCGUGAUUUUGUUUUUAUAAAAGAAUGCAUUUGGGGUGGUCCAAUUCCCGACUGUCAACGACUACCAGGAUACGAAGGUUUUGUUGGCCGUCCUCGUCCCUACCAGGAAUGGUUGUACGAUAUUGUUAGCAACCGUCACUCCGGCUUGGAUGUGGACAAGAUGGACUAUUACGCGCGUGAUCAAAGACGAGCACUACGAGCUGCUGGUGAAAUCGAUCAAAUUUUUAUCGAUGAAGCUGUCGUUGCGUGGGCUGAAUGUACCAAUCCACACAAGUGUUUCCGUUGUCGCCACGGAUCGAAUACAGACGGAAAACAUCUCAUGCUUUGUUAUCCUGACAAAAUGGUCAAAGCUUCAAUCAACUUUUUCCGUAAGCGGUCCGAACUUCACGACAAGAUCUACAAGCAUAAGGCGGUCGUUGCCGUCUCGUACAUGAUUUGCGAUAUUUUGUGUCUGGCAGACCCGUACUUCCCUAUUUCGACCGGCGGUUCUUCCUUUACUGCUGGAGGGCAACCUAAACGAGAGUUUCCAUUCUUACCGAUGAGUCGCGCGAUGCUGGAUGAUCAAGCUCUGCUGAGAUUACGAGAUGAUUUAAUUCCGCAAAUUGGACACACGACGUGUCUGGAACUGCAACCUGCCCGUGAUCUGAUCGAUCGCCUCGAAUCCCGGCUCCUGUACAAAUGCGUCGGACAGUGCUUUGUCCGCAUGAGCGAUCUCAAUGGCCGACGAUUGUGGGCCAAACCAGAAGAUGAAAUUAAAUCGGAAAUUCUCCUCAUUCGUGGCGAGCACAUGACAGAAGAUGGGCAUUUCUUGUCCUUGAACGAACACGAUUUUAUUGUUCAGCGGUGCGACAUUCAUUGGGGAAGCAAAGAGAACAAUCCCGUAAAACGGAUGCGAUUUUUGACCAAAACGACCAUGAGCAGGCUUAGAGGGUCGAUCAAAGAAUUGCCAGAAGCGCGUGCGUUUGUCGAAGAGGACUACGAUGCACAUUUGCCUAGAUCCUUUCAAGAGAACAGUAUCCGAGUAUACUGCCGCGAGCCAGAAAAGAGCGAUUUGGUGAAGCAUAUGUUCGAACUUUGGAAAAACGAAAUUAAAGCAGAGAUCAAGCAAACAGCUUUGGAAGAUGCCUGUAAAAAUCAGGCCGUAACGCCCAUCAAGGUUGCACGUGUUGAAUUGUCGCAGGACUUUGCUUACGAAGAAUUGUCUGAAGAAGAACCAAACGAAGAUACUCUUCAAACGGGUCGACCUAGUUUAGAUGGCAGUGCGUUUGUGUCUCCGAACCGGCCAUCUCGCCGUAAAGACAGCGACAACGGUUCGAACAUCAGCAUAAGCUCUUAGUCAUCGUAAGGUCGUAUCAGUCGCAAAAUCUCUGUUACAGAAAAGAAGAUCCAAGAUCAAAAUGGCGGAACAUCUCGUCAGUCAUUCGAACAUAAGCUGAGUUUAGCAGCUCCCCAGGACCAUAUGGCUCGUCUGAGUUUAUACUUUCCCAAGAGUCGUCGUCGUUGAUGUCUUCCAUACAGUCUCCUUCGCCAUCGGAAACUAUCAUGUCUGUGCUUUGAUGAGUGGUGUCAGCGAAAAGCGAUUGGUACUCUCCCGAAUUGUACGCCUGACGAAUAGCUUGGACAGAGCCUCCAAUCCCUCUAUUGCUUGAAAUUGUCAUUCGCGUGCAGCUCUUUUUAUGAUUCUGGUCAGAAUCACAGCAUUUUUGGGAGCAAUACGUUACUAUUUUGCAAUGUGGGCAAGCAAGAAAGACAUGAGUCUUGGGUUGGUGAGGUUUUCCUAGGACCUUGUUCUCCAUUUCAUUAAAGACUUGUUCAAGAUCACAGUCUUGAUUAUGACAUCGAAGCCUCGCAUCUGGCCACCAGUUCCGAUUGACGAAACUGAUAAUAUUCUGAUUGACAUCCCAGGGGAUGGCG